UGCGUGCUGCGCUCCCGGUUGUGCGCGCCUAUCCUCGCUCCUGCGGACCGCGGCGCGUGGGGCAGCGAGGCGCCCUGGAGGAGGCGGAGGCGGCGGCACGGCCCGCGGCGCGUGGGGCAGCGAGGCGCCCUGGAGGAGGCGGAGGCGGCGGCACGGCCCGAGGCGCGUGAGGACGAUGAGGACGAAGAGGAGGCGCUGCCGCACUCCGAGGCGGUGGACGUGUUCCAGGAGGGUCUCGCCAUGGUGGUGCAGGACCCACUCCUCUGCGACCUACCGAUCCAGGUUACUUUGGAAGAGGUCAAUUCCCAAAUAGCCCUGGAAUAUGGCCAAGCAAUGACAGUCCGAGUGUGCAAGAUGGAUGGAGAAGUCAUGCCUGUGGUUGUGGUACAGAACGCCACGGUCCUGGACCUGAAGAAGGCCAUCCAGAGAUACGUGCAGCUCAAGCAGGAGCGUGAAGGGGGCAUCCAGCACAUCAGCUGGUCCUAUGUGUGGAGGACGUACCAUCUAAUCUCUGCGGGAGAGAAGCUCACAGAGGACAGGAAAAAGCUCCGAGAUUAUGGUAUCCGGAAUCGGGAUGAGGUGUCCUUCAUCAAAAAACUGAGGCAAAAAUGACCCUCCAAACAAGGACCCUCUGCCGGUGGCCAAGCUCCUCCCCAGCAGGAGGAAGCCUCGGGCACUGUCCCCUCUUCACAGAAGAGUGUUGAGAUGGACUCGCCCAGCUGUGCACAGCUGGAACUGCCGGCGUGAACCCUAGGCCUCGGGAGUGGGACUGGGACUGGGUGAGCCAGUGCUCAAGACCCAAGUUUGACCCCUUCUGGGCCCAAACACCCUAAUUUCAUGGCAGAUCCCACAGGCUGUGGGCCUGACCCUCUGUACGGAAUAAAUCUCUUUUGCUUUCUA